CGCCCGGCCGCGGCCUCGCUCCCUCUGCGGUCCCGGCGCUCGGGACCCCCGGUCGGUCCCGGCCUCAGGCUCGCGGGCUUCGGCGAUGGGCCCCGCCGCUCGCCGUGGGCUGAGGUCGCCUCCGCCGCCGCCUCCGCCGCCCCCGUCACCGCUGUUGCUGCUGCUGCCGCUGCUGCCGCUGUGGCUGGGCCUGGCGGGGCCCGGGGCCGCGGCGGACGGCAGCGAGCCGGCGGCCCGGGCUGGGCGGGGCGGAGCCCGCGCGGUGCGGGUGGACGUGAGGCUGCCGCGGCAGGACCUGAUCCUCGAGGGCAUCCGGAUUGGGCCCGAGGCCGACCCGGCCGCCUCGCUGGGAGGCCGCCUGCUGCUGAUGGACGCUGUGGACGCCGAGCCGGAGGUGCCGAGCGAGGACUGGAUCGCUGUGGCCUACGUGGGCAAGGAGCAGGCGGCUCCCUUCCAGCAGGGGAACCGGGGCAGUGGCCCGCAAGCCUACCCCAGGGCCCUGGUGCAGCAGAUGAGACGUGCUCUCUUCCUGGGAGCCUCAGCCCUGCUUCUCCUCAUCCUGAACCACAACGUGGUCCGAGAGCUGGACAUAUCCCAGCUUCUGCUCAGGCCCGUGAUCGUCCUCCAUUAUUCUUCCAAUGUCACCAGGCUGUUGGAGGCACUAUUGAAGAGGACCCAGGCCACUGCGGAGAUCACGAGUGGAGAGUCCCUGUCAGCAAACAUUGAGUGGAAGCUGACCCUAUGGACCACUUGUGGUCUCUCCAAAGACGGCCACGGAGGCUGGCAGGACUUGGUAUGCCUGGGAGGCAGUCAUGCCCAGGAACAGAAGCCUUUGCAGCAGCUGUGGAAUGCCAUCCUGCUGGUGGCCAUGCUCCUGUGCACAGGCCUUGUGGUCCAGGCCCAGCGGCAGGCAUCAAGGCAGAACCAGCAAGAGCCAGGCAGCCAGGUGGACCUGUUCAAGCGCCGCGUGGUGCAGAGACUGGCAUCUCUCAAGACCCGGCGUUGCCGGCUGAGCAGGGCAGCACAGGGCCUCGAGGAACCUGGUACUGAGACCUGCGCUGUGUGCCUGGACUAUUUCUGCAAUAAGCAGUGGCUCCGGGUACUGCCCUGUAAACACGAAUUCCACCGAGAUUGCGUGGAUCCCUGGCUCAUGCUGCAGCAGACCUGCCCGCUGUGCAAGUUCAAUGUGCUGGGGAACCACUACUCUGAGGACUAGCUGGUGUGUGUGGACAGAUCCUGCCCAGCUGCACCUGGGCCUCAGCCCAGGCUCCUGGGAAGAGAUGGUGGAAUGGACAAGACAGCCAGCCCUGUGGGUGGAGAAAGGGUGCUGGCCCCAUCAUGCCCUAGAGGGGAAGAAAGGACUCCUGGAGAAGGCACAGCUGGACCUACCAGGCAAGGAAGGAAGGUCACUUCUGCACCGUUCUCUGUCAUCCUCUCUCUGUGUCUGCCCUCCAGGCAGUGACCAGGGCAAUGAGGAUGGAGAAUGUGGGACCAUCAGCUGUCCCCAGAGAGCUGGGCGCUCUCAGGGCAUCCUGGCCAGGUUUUAUGCUUAUUUAUUGGGCGGGGAAGGGUGUGUGUGUGUGAGGAAAAAUCUUUCUCACCUGAGGCCCCCCAGCCUCAUUUUCAUGAUACAACUUGGUUAAAUGGAGACUCUUCCACAGCCCCUUGCCCUCAGGCCUUGGGCACUGGGAGCUAUGGGUCCGGCUGCCUGUCCAGUUGGACUCCCUUUCCAGACCUGGCUGGGACCAGAGGCCUUAGAAUCCUCCCAGUUCUGACUCUGGUGGGCUCUGUGUUGCUGAUCAGGAUACUUGAAGCCACAGGAAAAAAUGUGGUGCAUCUUUUAAGGGCAUCUGUUGUUUGUUUUUGUCCUUAAAAGUCGGGUAGGGAAGUUUUAAUAGUAAAAUAAACAUGGAUUAUAUUUUAACGUAA